AUGCCAAAACCUCCGGAUCUACAGCUUUUCCUUCGACCCUUGGUUCUUUACCCUUCACACUCAUCUCAUAACUCACUCGUUCCUUAUCCAGGACAUCUUAUUUCCGUCAUUCUUCCAAAUCUAUCGUUCCUAUCCAUCAUCUCCUUAAGCUUUGGGCAAUGGAACCUUAUCGUCCUACUCCUCGCCGGUGAAUGGACAUCGGGAUCUUGGAUUCCCGGUUUCGUAAAUUUGCACAUCUUGGUCCGGCGUUUUAAAAUUUUGGGAUUGACCCAUGAGUUCUUCGUAGGGAGCUCUCUCGCGAAGCUAUUUCUACCUAGAAGACUCUACAAGGUGGUAACUCUGGUCUCCUUUAAGGAGAGAUUUUCUUCACUUUCCUUCUUGAGGAAAAAGAGAAUCAUGUUUUUCCUGGUUCUCUCAAUGAGAGGCAAAUUGUACUCGGUUUGGAAACCGAGAAUGCUCUCCUCCUUUAUAGAGUGA